AUAAAUAAGGAUUGAUAAACUGCCGUUAACGAUAAGAAAGAGAUUUUGAAAAAAUAUUUGUCAUGUCAAGUUUCAGAUGUUUUUUUAUUUUCAAGCCUCUUUCCUGGAUCAAAGAUUUCUUCAUUUCAGUUGGUGCGAAGGCGCUUUCUGCAGAUGUUUGGGCCUAAACCUGUUUCUGAUGGCUUGAAACUUGAAUGUGUUUUUGUUCAGAGCCAUUGUAAAGGAAAGCAUGCACAAACGCUAGGGAUGCAUGUGCUGAGGAGAGCCGAAAGUAAAGCAGGUAUUGUUUAAUUAUUUAAUGGUUUUGAUUUACCUGCGAACUGACAAGAGCGCUUCAUCUGGUUAAAGGAUAUCGGACGGUUGAAAUUAAACACAACAUGGUUGACUGCAAUGAUUCUCCAGAGCAACGCCACAUUCCACCAGAAUAUGGUUGGAGAGUUAGGCUGGACCAUAAUUUUCCUGACAAACCCAAAGCCAGCGUAAUCCCAAGAUGGCAUCAGGUACCGAAGCUCGUUGGAAUGGCCUACAGGUUUCUAAAAUAUGCUCGCUCUACAAGAAAGAAAGGUAGAAUGCCCUACAUUGAUCCAUAUGCAACAGUUCCCUGCAAGCAGCUAUAUGGUGUCCCGUUAGGAGGUAUUGGUGCUGGUGCCAUCACAAGAGGCUGGAAAGGUGAUUUUAACAGAUGGCAACUGCAUCCAGGGAUAUAUGAACGCAAUAGUGUUGAUGUAAACCAGUUCACUGUGUGCAUACGGAAGAAUAAGAAAACAGUUUACCAACAUGUUUUGUCACCAAAUGCACCAAGUGGCAAGCUGAACUGUGAAAAGACAUUACAAGGCUGGAAAUGGAACUUCCAUGGUGGCCAUGCUGUGUACCAUGCACUUUACCCAAGAGCUUGGACUGUCUAUGAGAUCCCAGAGCACAAAGUGAGAUUAACAUGCAGACAGGUGUCGCCUGUGUUCCCACAUGAGUAUAAAGACACGAGUCUUCCAGUUGGCGUCUUUGUCUGGACGGUUGAAAAUCUGGGAAAUGAAGAGAUUGAAGUGUCCAUCAUGUUUACGUUUCAAAACGGUACCGGAGGCCCUUCAGACGAGGCAGGAGGCCACUACAACGAGGCUUUUAUGUGCAAGGGUGUAUUCAGUGAGGUUCAGCUACACGAACAAAUUAUCAAUCGUAGAUCUCCAGAGAAAAGGGGCAAUGAAUCCCCUGCAAAGGGCUCAGCUCCUAACGCCUCUCGGAAGCCGAAUGCUGGCAGCAGUGAGACCUGUGUAUUGCACGAUGUGUCAGGAGUAUUACUACACCAUGCUCAUCAAAAAAAUGAUUUUACUUUGGCAAUCGCCGCGAAACAUGUGGUUGAGAAUGGAGAGACUGCCGUAUCAGUUUCUACGAAAGUCUCAUUUGAUUCAAAGACGCCUUGUCGUAAAGUCUGGGAGGAUCUGUUUGACGAUGGAUUGCUUAGCAAUAAACCAGGUGACCCAAAUAGAAAGUCCUAUCCUGGACAAACCCUUGCAGCCGCUGUUGCAUCUAAAACAAGGCUCCUUCCACAUCAGAAAAGAGAUCUUGAAUUUGUUUUGGCUUGGGACAUGCCUGUUGUUGAAUUUGGAUCAGGCAAAGGGGUCAAAUAUUGCAGACGUUACACGAAGUUCUUUGGAGACAAAAGAAAUGCGGCACCCUCUCUCUGUUGCUACGCUCUUCUCAAUUAUCCAGAAUGGGAGUCACGAAUAGAAAAAUGGCAAAACCCUAUCUUAAAUGAUAGUUCUCUUCCUGAUUGGUACAAAUCAGCAUUGUUCAACGAACUGUACUACGUGACGGAUGGUGGCACAAUCUGGCUUGACAUAAGAAGGAAAAAAGAUUUGCAUCGUAGGCAGAUACCUAACCAUGUUCACGAAUAUGGGAGAUUUGCUUAUUUGGAAGGCCACGAGUAUCGCAUGUACAACACAUAUGAUGUGCAUUUUUAUGCAUCUUGGGCUUUGAUAAUGCUCUGGCCACAGUUGCAGUUGAGUUUGCAGUACGAUAUCGCUGCCUCGGUCCUGCAGUGUGACACGGAAGAACGAUUAAUGAUGAUGGAGGGGCAUAUGGCUCAAAGAAAGGUGCCCAGCUGUAUACCCCAUGACAUUGGAGAUCCUGAGGAAGAACCGUUUCUUAAGGUCAAUGCAUACACCAUUCACGAUACAUCAACCUGGAAAGACUUGAAUCUAAAAUUUGUUUUACAGGUGUACAGGGACUACAAAAUCACAAAGAAUCUCCAAUUCCUUAUGGACAUGUGGCCCGCUAUGAAGGCUUGCAUGUCAACAGCCACAGGACAAGAUUCUGAUUGCGAUGGACUGAUAGAUAAUUCCGGCUUCGCAGACCAAACCUUUGACUGUUGGGUUGUGACGGGUGCAAGUGCAUAUUGUGGUGGUUUGUGGCUGGGAGCAUUGCGAUGUAUGGUCGAGAUUGCAACUAUUUUGAAAUUGGACGACAAUAUCGAUCGAUACAAAACAAUGCUAAGUAGAGGCAAGGAAGCAUAUGAAAGGAAACUGUGGAAUGGUACCUACUAUAAUUACGACAGCAGUGACAAAGAGUAUCAUAACAGUAUCAUGGCCCACCAGUGCGCUGGUCAGUGGUACAUCCAUGCUUGUGACCUCGGUCAAUCUGCGGAGGAUCGGGUAUUUCCGAAGGAUCACAUCGAGAGCGCCAUGAAGACAGUGUUCCAAAUGAACGUAAUGAGAUAUCAAGGUGGCUUUAUGGGCGCUGUCAACGGAAUGAGGCCUGACGGACGGGUUGACACAAGUAGCUUACAAGCUGAAGAGGUCUGGACAGGAGUGACGUAUGCAGUGGCUGCAUCAAUGAUUCAAGAGGGAAUGGUUCAAGAGGGCUUUCGUACCGCGGAAGGUAUUUACCGCACAUGUUUUGAGAAACUUGGUCUCGGAUUCCAGACUCCGGAAGCUUUUUUGGCAAAUGGAAAUUUCCGUUCUUUAGGAUACAUGCGGCCGUUGAGCAUCUGGGGAAUGCAGCAUGCGCUGGAGAAAACACAGACGGCGAAAGAAGACUCCGAAACGGUUAUGACGUAAAUUUCAGAUUUCUUUUUUUGGACCUCUCAGAGGUUACCGCCAUUUUGAUUUUCAAUUUCGUCACAUUUGUCACAAGCAGUAUCAAGUUAAAAAUUACAUUCAAUGUAAAAAGUUUAUGAAUUGUAAGCUUUAAUUUCAAUAACAGGAAAGAUUAUAAAGGGCUUCUAAAGUUUAUUAUCUGUAAAUAACACAAUAACUUAUAUGAUCAAACCUGUUUAGAGAACGUCCAUAUACUCACAUGCUGGCCUCAUUCAAAGUUCAUUCAAUAGUUUGUCUAAAAGUAUCGCCAAACUUCAGUCAUGAUGUGAUUUCCUUUUUAAAAUUAAUCAGACAUUUACUCCCAAAGACGUUGUCUGAUUCAGGUUUGAUUUUGUAUAUCUACUAAAUAUUUAUUCAAUUAUUUAUUAUCUUAAAUUAUUAUGUAGUAAAUUAAAACUUUAUUAUUUAAUUCUGUAAAAUUUAAAAUGAAUUAUUUAAAGAUUUAUGAAUUGACUUGUUAAGUUAUUUUAACAGUUUGGCAUUGAAUCAAACUAACUGGUAAUACCUACACUUUCUUAAUGUUCCUCUUGCUCUUUGUUGAUCUUUUUGCAGCAACCAACAGCUAGCUUUUCUUCUCUUGUACUUGAAUUCACCAGUGGCUCUCACUUUUGCCUCUACACUAACUGCUGAAAUCGUGCAGUGGUGCAAUGGUGCCUUUACUUCUCUGUAUGACUGUUUUUUCUUAGCGGAUCUUCUUAUUUCCUGGUAAUGAAUGCGAAACCGGAAUAUAAUCGGUUUCGAUUAACUAAUAAGGGCAGAAAACAGGAACAGCAUUCUUUCAGCAAGAGAAUCGUUUCUUCAUUAGCAGUUUUAAGCAAGGAUCUUUUGUAAUUCUAGAGAAUCAAAACCCCUUGUUGUUUUAAGGCUGUGUCAGGCGUGAAGUGCUUAGUAAUCUAUUGUAUAGCUUAACAGUUUUUGUGCCUUCUUCUUGGCCCCCUUAACCUAGACCACUUAGGCCAUUACAGCGUUGAUUGUGUCAAAGUGUUUAGGAGUUGCUGUUAGGAAGUUUAUGAAUGUGGAACUCUUGUGAUAAAGCUGGCCUAAGCGUUGGACCACUGAUCGUAGUUUCGUUGCUCUGAUUCUGUUGGGAUUCGUAUCAGUUUUAUGUUAACCGAAAAUUCUUUAUAAGCUCCGUAGGGUGGGGGGAGG